UAAAUAUAGUAUAAUAGGGUGGGGAGUUCUCUCUCUCUCUCUCUCUCUCCUCUCUCAUUCUCCUUUGUUCUUUCUCUCUCUCUCUCUUCUCCUCCUCUCUCUCUCUUCUUCUCUCGUCUCUCUCUACUCUCUACUUUCUCUCUCCCUUUUUUUCCUUCUCCCCUCUCUCGCUCCCUCCUCUCUUCUUUCACCUUUCUCUUUCUCUCUCACUCUCUAUCCUAUUUCCCCCCUCUUUUACCCCACCACAAGCACUGCGCAGUAGCGAGAGCGACAGAGGUCCUACGUUGGCUACGCGAUAGCGCGACGCGCAGCAGCAAGAUGAGUAGAGAGAGAGCGAGAGAGAGAGAGAAGACGAGGAGAGAACAAAGCUACUCGUCGCUCUCUUAGCUACAAUCCGAUCGAAGAUAUAUUCAAGAGUGAGCCUUUUUUCUCUCUCUCUCUCGCUCUGCUCUCGAUCCUCUCUCUCCUCUCUCUCUAUCUCCCUCUCUCUCUCUCUCUCCUCUCUCUUCUCUCUCUCCCUCUCUCUCUCUCUUUCCCUUUUCCUCCCGGUGAGAGAGGGCUGGAAUGAGGGGGUGACUGCCCGGGUGACAGUAGUGAGAGAGGGCUGGUAAUAAAAAAAGGGGUGACAGUAGUGAGAGAGGGCUGGUAUGAGGGGUGACGGCCGGUGACCCUUAGUGAGCGAGGGGUGACGGGGGAGGGGCCGGUGACAGAGAUACAGUAGUGAGAUAGGGCUGGUUAAUGGAGGGUGAAACGGCAGUUGGACAACAGAGUGAGAUGAGGGCUGGUUAGAUGGGUGAACGGGCAGGUUUGACAGUAGUGAGAGAGACAAAAGGGCUGGUUAUGAGGGGUGGGGUUUGACGGGAGGUUGGACUGUAGUGAGUAGAAAAGGGUGCUGGUAGAUGAGGGGUUGGACCCGGCCGGUGACAAAAUUUAUUUCUUUCUACUUUCUUGUCUGAGUGUUUGUGCCCUUCCUGGUUACCAUAUGUACAGAUAGGUGGGCAGAGGGGCUGGUAAUGAGGGGGUGACGUGACACAGGCAAGGUUGACCGUGUGAGAGCGACGAAAGAAAGAAAAGGCUUGUUAAUGAGGGUGAACGGCAGGUUGAACAAAGUAGUGAAGCAGAAGGGCCUGGGUAUGGGAGGGGUGACGAGGGCAGGAGACCGUAGUGAGUAGGAAAAGGGCUGGUUAUGAGGGGGUGACUGCAGGUGACAGUUGGUGAGAGGAAGAAAGGGAUCUGUACAUUUUUAGUGAGAGAGGGGGCUGGUAUGAGGGGGGACAUAGUGGAAGAGGGGCCUGGUAUGAGGGUGUCGACGGCAGGGUGACAGUUCGUGAAAAGGGUGUCAGUAACAGAUGUUGGUUGAUAAAUGUCCCCUGCCUGUUUUCCAGAAGCUUGACUAUCUACACAAGCAGUCAGUACCCUUGCUUAGCAAACACACACAAACACACACACACACAAAACACAACACACACAAAACAACACAGUACUCUAAACGUUUCACAAUCAUUACCUUCUUGCUAUAACUAUAAACAACUAACUUACGGUUAACACUAACCUAACUUACGGGCCCUGGUCAAAAAAUAGGUGCACUAUAUAGAAAUCCAUUCAGAUAACCUAACUACCAACCAGUAGUUUCCUCCCAACCUGUAUCCAUUUGUCUCUACCCUAUCCUUAUCCUUGAAGUAAAAAAAAGCCAAGGAGGUCCUCCAUGGGCCAAAGAAGCUUAAAGGCUAUUUAUAAAUAAGCCCAGCUAAGGGUUUACAGAAGUACAACCCAAGGAAAUUGGUAACACCCAUAGAAUUUUUCAUGUCGAAAGUCAAUUUUCAUUUAUUAGUUCUCUCUGUGGUAAACCCACUCUUAAUCUACAAAGGAUCAGGAGGACCCCUCAUGCAAACACCGUAACAUGUCCACCAAAGAGCCUAAAUACAUAAAUAGUAUUUCAAGCCUGUGUCUAAAUUUUGUUUUUUGCAGAUGACUGAUUACUAAAUAAAUUAAGCAUUGGGUUGACUUUAAAUUCAAGAAAUUUAAGUAAGCAGUGUGGUCAAGUCAGAAUAAGGGACAUAAGAUUAAAACCGCAGUUGGCAAGUACAUUUGUUUCACUUAGCAGAGAAUAUUAGACUGCAAUGGCAGGUAACAUUGGUUUUCAACUUUCAAUCCCAACCUAAAUCCAGGGGUAAAUAAGAAUAGAACUUAAUCGAACUGCAGUUGGCAGGGUAAUCAUUGGUUUUUUAACUUAAACAGUCAAAGUAGAAUAUUAUUAUGGUUCAGUGGUAGGUAUCAUUGUAUUUUAAACCCUUAAACAAAACAGCAACUAGACAUAAUUAUUGGUUUUAUUGUUUACUUAUUUUUGUAUUUUUUAAGGUUUCUUUUUCUAUUUUUAAGUUUUUUUUUUUUGUUUUUUUUUUUUUUUUUUUUUUUCAUUUUUUGUGUGGUGUUUUGUGCGAAGGGUCAUUAGUUUUUAGCUUAAUUUUAGCCUAAAAACAAGCCAGUAGAAUAUUCGUAUGGGUUGUCAGUGGUAAGGUUAAAAUCAUUGGUUUUUUAGCCUUAAAAAAACAAACAGCAGUAGAAAUAUUACUAAGGUUCCGUGGCAGGGUCAUUAGUUUACUAAACAGCAGUAGAAAUAUUAUUUAUGUGUUUCAGUGGUGUAAGGUAUCAAUUUGUUUUAGGGCUUGAAAAACAGCAGUAGAAUAUAUUACUAAGGUUCAGUGGUUAUGUAUCCUUGGUUUUGCCUUAAAAAAAACGAAACAGCAGGUACUAUAUUUUAAGGUUCAUUGUGGUAGGUAUCAUUGAGUUUAGGGCUUUAAACCAGCAGUAUAACUAUUAUUAAGGUUCAGGGUAGGAUGAGGAAUCAUUGGUUUUAACUUCACACAAUCAAAAUCAAAUCAAAUCGUAUUUGUCACAUGCGGCCUGAAUACAACAGUUUGUAGAACCUUACAGUGCUAAUCGCUUUACUUACACAAGCCUUUCAACCAAACAAUGCAGUUAUAACGAAAAAUAAGUGUUAAGUAAAAAGUGGAUAAGUACAGAUCAGGGUUGGGUUAUAAAAAAAUAUCCGAAACUUUGAACGCCAUUAAAUCCAUUAUUAAAAAAUUGAAAGAAUAUGGCACCACAACAAACCUGCCAAGAGAGGGCUGCCUACCAAAACUCACGGACCAGGCAAGGAGGGCAUUAAUCAGAGAGGCAACAAAGAGACCAAAGAUAACCCUGAAGGAGCUGCAAAGCUCCAUAGCGGAGAUUGGAGUAUCUGACCAUAGGACCACUUUAAGCCGUACACUCCACAGAGCUGGGCUUUACGGAAGAGUGGACAGAAAAAAGCCAUUGCUUAAAGAAAAAAGAUAAGCAAACACGUUUGGUGUUCGCCAAAAGCAAUUUGGGAGACUCCCCAACCCUGAUCUGUACUUAUCCAUAACAAAAAUUCAAGAGCAGCAGUAAAAUAACAGUAGCAAGGCUAUAUACAGGGGGUACCGGUACAGAGUCAAUGUGCAGGGGCACAGGUUAGUCGAGGUAAUUGGUACAUGUAGGUAGCGUGGAAGUGACUACGCAUAGAUAAUAAACAGAGAGUAGCAGCUGCGUAAAAGAGGGGGGGGGGGGGGGGCAAUGCAAAUAGUCUGGGUAGCCAUUUGAUUAGAUGUUCAGGAGUCUUAUGGCUUGGGGGUAGAAGCUGAUAAGAAGCCUUUUGGACCUAGACUUGGCUCUCCGGUACCGCUUGCCGUGCAGUAGCAGAGAAGAAAAGUCUAUAACUAGGGUGGCUGGAGUCUUUGACAAUUUUUUGGGACUUCCUCUGACACCGCGUGGUAUAGAGGUCCUGGAUGGCAGGAAGCUUGGCCCCAGUGAUGUACUGGGCCAUACUCUCUACCCUCUGUAGUGCCUUGCAGUCGGAGGCCGAGCAGUUGCCAUACCAGGCAGUGAUGCAACCAGUCAGGAUGCUCUCGAUGGUGCAGCUGUAGAACUUUUUGAGGGUCUGAGGACCCAUGCCAAAUCUUUUCAGUCUCCUAAGGGGGAAUAGGCUUUGUCGUGCCCUCUUCACGGCCAGGUCUCUGACCUCCUCCCUAUAGGCUGUUUCAUCGUUGUCGGUGAUCAGGCCUACAACUGUUGUGUCGUCGGCAAACUUAAUGAUGGCGUUGGAGUCAUGCCUGGCCAUGCAGUCAUGGGUGAACAGAGGUUACAGAAGGGGACUGAGAAUGCACCCCUGAGGGGCCCCCGUGUUGAGGAUCAGCGUGGCAUUAGAAUAUUAUUAAGCUGCAGUGGCAGGUAUCAUUGGUUUAACUGAAACAGCAGUAGAAUAUGAUUAAGCUGCAGUGGCAGGUAUCAUUGGUUUAACUUAAACAGCAGUAGAAUAGUGGAAAAUGAUUAAGCUGCAGUGGCAGGUAUACAUAUGUAGAAUUUUUAUUUUAGCGAGUUUGCUACAGGAAGAAAAUAAUCCUGCAGCAACAGGAAAUGUGAAUUAUUAUGUGGAUUAUAAGUAAUGUAAAAAUAUGAGGGUUUGCGCUCAGGCUAGAAUGAAAGGCGGCCGGUGCGUGGGAGAGAAAAAUAUCGGUAGAGUUUCAAAAGUACUCGCACUCAAAACCAUGUAAAAGAAUAACCCAAGGAGGCAUAAUUGUUUUUGCAUCUCGGCCUCCUUGGGUUAUUCCUUUUCAUGGUUUUGAGUGCGAGUACUUUUUGAACUCUACAAUUAUAAUUAAUGGAUAUUUCUGUAGGUGUUGAUACAUUUUUUGUUAUGAUAAAUCAAGUCUGACAUUUUAAAGUGGAAAUUACAAACUUUAGAAGGCUACAAUUUGCAAAUGUUCUGUGCAACAGAGGGAUCACAUUAAGAUAGUAGACCUGCAGUGCAGAGAGGCAGGCGCCUGAGCAGACCUGGAACAUUAUGAUUCAUUACUGAGUGUGUAUGCAGUAACAGAACCCAAUAUCAAUUAUUAGACCUGCUGUCUGCUACUCUGUUACACCGGCGGAAUGACAGCAGAUUUAGGCAGCACCUCUAGUACUCUAUAAGGCUGCUCUGGAUUAUUAUUGGAGUACAUUUAACACUUUUCUUAAAGCGAAUAAUGUGUUAUUUACAUUUUACAUUUUAGUCAUUUAGCAGACGCUCUUAUCCAUAGCGACUUACAGUUAGUGAGUGCAUAAAUUUUUUAUACUGGCCCCCCGUGGGAAUUGAACCCACAUCCCUGGCGUUGCAAGCACCAUGCUCUACCAACUGAGCUACAGGAGGCCCAUUAUUACGCGUUAUAAUUAAAUAUAAGCAUUUAUAAUGUGCUAUUACCUGUUAUAAGCACAUAUAAGCAUUUAUAAUGUGCUAUUACCUAUUAUGAGCACAGAUAAGCAUUUAUAAUGUGUUACUGAAAGGUUCCUACUUAACUGUUUAUACACUGUAGGGGUCGUUGGAGGUGGGGGGGUCGGACACAGGGAAUGUUGUUAACAUAGAAAUAGAAUAAGAAUAAUAGAAUGCAUUAUAAUUCUAUGGUUGCUAUGCUAACCUGUGUUUUCUCUGUUUCAGAUUGGCUACUGGAACGAGUACCAGCGAUUAGUAAAUGUGUUAGAACAACAGGUGGUCGCCAACGAGUCUUCUUCUGUGGAAAACCGAACGAUUGUGGUCACUACUAUUAUGGUACACUUUCCAUGGCAACUUUGAAAUGUGUUCACCACAGCGUAUUCUGCCAGUCAGGGCCGCGAGCGGCGGUGUUGAUGCCUAACCGGUUGAUACAUUCUGUCCUGGGCUGGGCUGGGCAGAACCACAUCUUUUUUGUGUUUGCUUUGCAUCCACUCACUACACGUUGAAACAGUCGAUCCCCCUGUAAAGAGAAGAGAGUGUUUCAACUGUAUCCGUGUGGGUGACAAAGCAUUUAGAUUUCUCAUACUUCAGUGGCCUGUCGUAGCAGUGACAUCACAAUAUUGGUAUUAUAUGAUAAAUAAGUAACUGGGUAAAUGGUUGAGUUGACUCCAUCUAAUACAAAACACAUACAAAACAACAUACCGCCAUCCGUACGUAAGUAGAACCUGUCUUGUCUGUCCUCAUCAAGUAAAUGGUUCAAUGACAAUCUGGGAUAGGAGGAGGGGGAGGAGGAGGAGGAGGAGGAGGAGGAGAUGAUGAUGAUGAUGAUGAUGCUCUUGGUGAUGAUACUACUAUGGCUUCUCGAGGACAAAGCAAAAUAAAGCACAUUUGAGGGAGGAUGAGAAUGCUAAUAUCAUGUGUUUUGUUCCUCUGAGGGCUGGUUCUGUGUUGAGGUACAGCCUCCACUGGGUUGUUUUGGCAUGAAGGAGAGAGUAUUGCUUAGAUUUCCUGGCAGCAGUGUUGACUGCAAUGGGAAUUAUUUCUUUCACACUAAUAUUUUACCAUAUUUGCUCAUUAUUGAGUGUUUGAAAUGACUUUUCCUCCCUGAAUGCAAAAAUAUUCAGGAGGCUGUCAAUGUCAGCUAUUGUAACGACCUUGUCCAUAUAGACAACCUUUGAAUAGUAAACAAACACUCAUGAAAGCAAAACAUUUGAAAAGUGAUGAUGAUCCUAAUAGUUUGGGAAUACAGUAUUCCUUACUACACAAUUACAUGAAAUCUGUAUUCUGAAAAGUCUUUCUCUCUCUCUCUCUCUCUCUCUCUCUCCUUCUCUCUCUCCUUCUCUCUCUCUCUCUCUCUCUCUCUCUCUCUCUCUCUCUCUCUCUCUCUCUCUCUUUCCUCCUCUCUCUCUCUCUCUCUCUCUCUCUCUCUCUCUCUCUCUCUCACACACUCUCUCUCAAAAAGGAAGCAUUUAAAGGCUUUCAGAGAUGGAUUAGAGCAUCAGUAGAUAAACACUAUGUUAACUCGGGGGGGGGGGGGAGAGGAGAUACGUUCAGCACAGAACAAACAAGCCAUUGCUUCUCCACUUGCAACCCUCUAAUUAAGUGUUGGCUCUAAUGGCGUCGUCAGCUCCGUGUGAGCAGCAGCUCUUCCUUUGUCGGGUAAUGAUGAAACCGUAAGCUAGCUGCACCACCACCGGUGUUUGAAAAUAGAGGGGGAAAAAGCACGUCCCACUCUCCCGUUGGUGUUAGUCUUUUAAAUAUGUAUUUAUUUACUGACAAGGUAAUUUUUUAUUUGUGUUUUGGGAUUAUAAUGAAAAUGGCUCCUUUUGGUUUUGGUUUUUUGGAAUGAUUAUUAUUAAAGCUUUCCCCCUUUGCGCAUUGAUUGGUGCAAUGUGCUUGUUGAUGAUUAUGUUGAGAUAUUAAUAUAGCAGCACUCACUUUCUGAACCCUCUCCAAGUCACUGCCAUUUACUUUAUGAACCCCCACCCCACUCUGAGCUAACCCACAGCCAGCCUACCAAUACACCCAGCUCCUGUCGAAGACCACAGACCUCUUACUAAGGCAUAUUGUAGCCUUAGCAAGACACUGUGAGAAGCCUGUGGUCCUCUUGGACUGUUAGUUUGUCACACACUCACACACACAACCAUUCCCCAGGGCUGACAGACAGGAUGCUGGGUGAAUUAGGGCUGGGAGUCCGCUGGCCACCACAGCUUGGUAAAACACCUACCUGGCUUUUCAUCCUGCUGUUAUCAACAUAUACUUCAAUGCAUCUGUGGUGUGUCAUCUGCACAUGCAUGCCUGCAUGAGACUACUGGUUGAAGCUGCUUUCUGGUUUGGGACUGUGUGUGGGGGGGGUGAAUGGGGGGGAGGGGGGGGGGGGGGGGGGGGGGGGGGGGGGGGGGGGGGGAUGCGCAUGUGUGUGUGUGUGCGUGUGUGCGUGUGUGUGUGUGUGUGUGUGACAAUAAACCAGCAUGUGAUCUGACUAUUAACAGGAAGCCCCUUAUGUGAUGUACAAGAAACACCAGAUGAAUCUGGAGGGGAAUGACAGAUAUGAAGGCUACUGUGUCGAUUUAGCUGCAGAAAUUGCAAAACAUGUGGGGAUAAGAUACAAACUGUCAGUAGUGGCGGACGGGAAGUAUGGUGCAAGGGAUCCAGACACCAAGACGUGGAACGGAAUGGUGGGGGAACUGGUGUACGGGGUGAGUGGAGUCAUCUUUCAGUCACUCACUGAUUUUCAUUGUUACUUAACCAAUGUAUGCGUCCCAAAUAGCACUUUAUUCCCUAUAUAAGUGCACCAUAGGGCUUGAUAUUGGAAUAGAGUUCCAUUUGAGAUGCAACAUUUGUUUAAACAUUUACUGCCAGCAGUUGAAAAAGAAAAGGUAUGUCUUAAAAUGUGAUUAUGUUACAGUGUUUAUAGCCUGCCUCCUAUCGAAGUAGAGUACAACUGGAGCUCUGAUCUGGGAUCAGGUCCCCCGUGUCUAUGUCAUCUUGUUCAUUAUGUUUUAAAAGGCAAAACUGAUCCUAGAUCAGCACUCCUACUCUGAAACGCUUUCUGAAUAUGCGCUCUGACCUCUCACCUCAGUAUCUUCUGGCGCACUCAGUCCCACUUUUACAUUUCUCACUAGUCCCUUAGAUUGUCUAAAUGCCUCAAACCUUCCAGAAUGAUUCCCCUUUACUCGCGACCCUCCGAGACGACCAUAGAGGAGCAGGGCAGAGGGCCGUAUAUAAAAUGGAUGAGGGUUAGGUUUCCUCAUCUGUUCAAUUCUCCCACCAUCAGCCGGGAGAGAUUGUCUGCAUCCUAAAUGGCACCCUAUUCCCUACAUAGUGCACUACUUUUGACCAGAGCCCUAUGGGCCCUAGCUGAAAGUAGUGAACUUUAUAGGGAAUAGGGUACCAUUUAGGAUGCAGAAAUUGUCUGGUUUCACUCGCUAACGCUGGGAAAUGAUCCUCCGAAUGGGAAACUUCCACACACACACACGCACACACACACACACACACUCCCCUCAGACGGAGAGAGAACACCCGGCCCUAUCACCAUCCACCGUGUCUCAGUUUGGUUAAGUUAUGUCCAAAUACCAUCCCACCGUGUCUCCAGUUUGGUUAAAAUUAUGGUCCAUCACCAUCCACCGUGGUCUCAGUUUGGUUAAUUAUGUCCAUCACCAUCACCGUUGUCUCAGUUUUGGUUUAUUUAUGUCCAUCACCAUCCACCGUGUCUCAGUUUGGUUAAUUAUGUCCAUCACCAUCCACCGUGUCUCAGGGUGGUUAAUUAUGUCCCAUCACCAUCCCCCGUGUUCUCAGUGUGGUUAAGUUAUGUCCAUCACCAUCCACCGUGUCUCAGUAUUGGUUAAUUAGGUCCAUCACCAUCCACCGUUUGUCUCAGUUUGGUUAAUUAUGUCCAUCCACCAUCCACAGUUUCUCAGUGUGGUAAAUUAUGUCCAUUCCCAUCCACCGUUGUCUCAGUUUGGUUUAAUGAUGUCCAUCACCAUCCACCGUUGUGUCUCAGUUUUGGUUAAUUAUGUCCAUCACCAAUCCACCGUGUCUCAGUUUGGUUAAUUAGGUCCAUCACCAUCCACCGUGUCUCAGUUGGUAAAUUUGUCCUCACCAUCCACCGUGGUCUCAGUUUGGUUAUUAGGUCCAUCACCAUCCACAGUGUCUCAGUUUGGUUAAUUAGGUCCAUCACAUCCACCGUGUCUCCAGUGGGUUAAUUUAUGUCCGUCACCAUCCACCAUGUCUCAGUUUGGUUAAUUAGUCCAUCACCAUCCAACGUUGUCUCAGUGUGGUAAUUAUGUCCAUCACCAUCCACCGUGUCUCAGUUUGGUUUAAAUUAUGUCCAUCACAUCCACGGGUCUCAGUUGCGUUAAUUAUGUCCAUCACCAUUCACCGUUUGUCUCAGGGGGGUUUAAUUAUGUCCAUCACCAUCCACUGUGUUCAGUGUGGUUAAUUAUGUCCAUCACCAUCCAACCGUUUGUCUCAGUUUGGUUAAUUAGUCCAUCACCAUCCACAGUGUCUCAGUUUGGUAAUAUUGUCCAUCACCAUCCACCGUGUCUCAGUGUGUUAAUUAUGUCCAUCACCAUUCACCGUGUAUUCAGUUGGUUAAUUAUGUCCAUCACAAUCCACCGUGUCUCAGUUUGGUUAAUAUGUCCAUACCAUCCACAGGUCUCAGUGUGGUUAAUUAUGUCCAUUCACCACCACCGUGUCUCAGUUUGGUUAAAUUAUGUCCAUCACCAUCCCAGUUGUCUCAGUGGUUAAUUAUGUCCAUCACCAUCCACCGGUCUCAGUUAGGUUAAUUAUGUCCAUCACAUCCACCGUGUCUAGUGUGGUUAAUAUGUUGCCAUCACCAUCCCCCGUUCUCAGUUUGGUUAAAUGUCCAUCACCAUCCACGUGUCUCAGUUUGUAAUUAUGUCAUCACCACACCGUGUCUCAGUGGUUAUUACAAGUGGAGAGUCAGGCCAAGCAGGCCUAAUGUUGUGUAAAGUUUGGUGACCUUCUGACCAGUAAACUAAUGUGAUCUUAGUUGUCUUUUAAGGUAGCCCUGAAGCCCUGAAAACUCUUUCUUUAUGGUGAGUGUUCUCUUCUCUAUUAACUAGACCGUUACCAACAGACACCAAUGGAUUAAGAGGUUAUAUUACAGCACUGCUGUAGGAUACGAUCAGAAAGAAAGACAGAAAGAAAGACCAGGCAGAAGACAGAAGAAAGAAAGAAAGAAAGAAGAAAAGAAAGAAAGAUAAAGAAAGAAAGGGAUAAAGAAAGAACAGAAUGAAAGCAGAAUCCCAAAGGCAGGAAAAAGAUAAAGAAAGAACAAGACCAAAGAAGUAGAAAGAAAGAAGAAGAAUAGAGAAAAGAAUAAGAAAACCAAAGAAAUAGGACCACUAAGAACAGAAAAGAAGAAUACGAUCAGGAGAACGAAAAGAAAAAGAAAGAGACAAGAAAAGCUAGAAUAAGAAAAGAGAAAGAAAGAAAAGAAGACGAAGAAAGAAAACCAUCAAGAGAGAGAAAGAAAGAACUACACGAAAACAGACUGAAAGACUAAGCAAAGAAGAUAAGAAACCGACAAGAUGGAAGACCAGAAGAAAAGAAAAUUAACAUAAUGAAUAAAAGAAGAAAGAAACUACGAUUUCCUUAUACAUAAGAAAGACAGAUAAGAACCAAAGAUAUGAGUAAGAAAGGAUAAGAAAGAGCCAUAUACUACCCACUGACCAAAAAAAUGAAAGAAAGAAAGGAAAAGUUUAAGAUAAUAGAAAGAAAGAAAGCAAGAAAGCAACAAGAAAGAAAGGAUGCACAAAGGAAGAUAGAAGAAAAAAAUGAUAUAGAGCGCCAUAAGAACAAGAUCAAGAAAAGGAACGAGGAAAUGAUAAAGAACUAGUAAGAAGAAAGAAGCACAGAAACGAAUAGAAGAUAGAAAGAAUAGAAAAAGAACCAAGAGAAGAAGAAGCUCGCCAGAAAAGAGGAAAGGGAAAAGGAAAGAAAAAAGAAAACUGACAAGAAAGAAAGAAGAAAGAAGACAAGAAUGAAGAAACCCAAAGAUAAGGAAAGAAACGAAGAAGCAAAAUGCAAUGAAAGCAAAGAUAAAGAAGUAGAACAAUGAAAGGUAAGAUAUGACAAAAAGAAAAAGAAGACAGACAAAGGAAAGAAAGAAAGAACAAUCGGACUCAAAAGACACUGAAACGAAAGAAAGAAAGAACUUGUAGAACAAACAAGAUAGAUAAGAAAGACAGAAAUUAUAGAAUAAAAGAAGACGAAAAUGAAAGAAAAGAGCACAAGAAAGAAAAGGAAAAGCAAGAAAGAUAACACAAGAAAGAAAAACAAGCCAAAGAUAAGAAAGAGCAAAGACGAACGAAAGAACAACAGGAAGCAAGAAGAAGAAGAUAAGAUAAAGAUAGAAAGAAAAGAAAGAAGGAAGAAAGAAAAGGAGAAGGAAAAAAAGAAGAAGAACGAAAGAAAGAAAGAUCGAAAGGAAUAACAAUCACCCAUAAAGCAAACGUCACGAAACCGAAAGAACAAGAAAGAGAAAAAAGAUAACAACAGAUAGAUGGAGCAAAGAAAGGAAAGAAAGAGAGAAACAGAAAGAAAGGAAGUAAAUAGAAUGAAAGAGAGAAGAAUAAAGAUCCAAGAUCAAAGAAAGGAAAGAAGAAGAAAGAAAGCAUUAAGAAAGCAAAAGAAAGAAAUAACAAGAACAGAUCAAGGAAGCAAAGAAAGAAGAAAGAAGCAGAUAAAUUAAUAGACAAGAAAGAUCCACCGAUGACACUCAAGAGAAAGACGAAGAAAACCUGGAAGGAAACCGAAGGAAACGAAAAGAAAGAAAGAAAAGAAAACGCAAAGAAAGGAAACAAAAAACAAGAAUAAGAAGCAAGAACAACGAAAUUAAGAAAGACAGAAAAAGAAAGAAAGAAAGAAGAGAAAGGAAAACGAAGAAAGAAAGAAGAAACUUUCAGACAAGAAAGAAAGAGAAGAAAGAAAAUGUAAAUGAGAAAGACAAGAAAGAAAGAAAAGGGAUCUCCGUUUAAGACAGAACGAAAGACAAGAAAGAAACAAAGAAAAGAAAGAUACAAGAAGAGAAAGAGAGAAUAGAAAGAAGAAAGGAAUAGAAAGAGAAAACGCAGAAGAAGAAAGAAAGGAGAAAGACAGAAAGAAAAGAAAGCAUAAGAAAGAAAGAGAAGAUGAAGACAAAAGAAACGAAAGAAAAAGAAAGAAGAAGAAAGAAAGAAAUGGAAAAGACAAGAAGAAAAGAAAAGAAAGAGCAAGUAAGAGAAGAAAGAACCACUUCUAGAAAAGAACAAGAAAAAGAGAAAGAGACACAAGAAAGAAGAAAGAAAGAAAGAAAGAAGAGCAAAAGAAAGAAAAGAAGAAAGAAAAGAAAAGAAAAAAGAAAGAAAGAGAGGAAGAAGAAGAAAAGAAAAGAAAGAAAGAGAGUAAAAGAAAAGAAAGAAAAGGAAAAGAAAAAAAUUCAAGAAUCAACAAGAAGAAAAGAAAGAUAAGAAAAGAAAGAAAGGAAAGAAGAAAGAAAGAAAAGAAAAGAAAUAAAGAAAGAAGAAAGAAAAGAAUAAGAAAAGAAAAGAAAAAGAAAAGAAAAGAAAAGAGAAGAAAAAGAAAGAACACAAGAAAGAAAGAAAAAGAGAAAGAAAAAGAAAAAGAAAAAGAAAAGAAAGAGAAAGAAAGAAAGGAAAGAAAGAAGAAAGGGAGCUUGGGAGGUUAAGGUAAACAAAUAAUUGUAGAUGACAAGGUCUUGUCUCAUCUCGUUCUGUGCAUGGAGGGAAGGGAGUUUUUUUUUCUUUGGGGAGGGAGGAGGGAGGGAGGGAUGGAUGGAUGGGAGGGAAGGAGGGAGGGAGCGAGGGAGGGAGGGUAACAAAGAGGGAGAGGGAGUCCCUUUUGGAGGGAGGGAGAGAGAGAGAAGCAUGACUCCUAGAGAGAGCAGGGAGGGACGGGAGCGGAGGGGAGGGAGGGAGGAGGAGAGGGGGGACGGGAAUGGGCAGGCUCGGGGUCAAGGGCCCCUUUUCCCCCAUUGCUCGGAGCGGGAAGGGGAGGCGAGGGGGACAGGGAGGACGGAGAGGGAGGGAGGGAGUAGGAGGGAGGGCAGGACGGAAGGAUUAUGAAGGUGAGAGAGAGAGAGGUGCAGGGACGGGAGGGAGGGGAUGGGAGGAAGGGGUGUGGGAGAGGGAAGGGAGGAGGGAGGGAGAGAGAAGAGAGAGAGGCGGAGGAGGCGAGGGAUCAACGGGAGGGAGGGGAGGAGGGAGGGAGGGAGGGAGGGAGGGAGGAGGGAGGGAGUCAGGGAGGGAGGGAGGGAGGUUAGGGAGGGAGAUGCUGAAGUGCUGAAGUGGAGUGAUUUAUUCGCCUUGGGUUACUGUGUUUCUCCCACCACUCUAAGGCUGUAAUUUAAAUCAGAGCUGUUCUGUUAGACACACCUACAUAACAGUUACACUGGUUUAUAUAUGUACUGUUGUGUUACAGAAAGAUGACCAGCAACUAUUAUUCAUCUGUCCUGAAAAGCCUUGGCUGCAUCCCACAUCACAAAUGGCACCCUGUUCCCUGCUACGCACUACUUUUGACAGGGCCCAUAGGGGAUAGGCUGCCAUUUGGGACACAGGGCACAUUUUUGUUUUGGGGAUAUUUCCCCUGACUGCAUUACAAAUAAAUAACUUAUUACCGUUAAUUAGCUAUUUAUAUGCAAAUUAUGUUAUGAUGUGUUGACACUCACUGUGAGUUUCAUAAACUAAAGAUAAACGGAAAUAGAUUUCUGUAAUGUACGUUAUUAUUCGUACACUUGCAAAGUUUCCAGCCUGUUCUCAGCAUCCCUCUGGUCAAAUCCAAUCAGUCUGAAAGCUUUAAACUAACUAGACAGGGAUAGACACUGCACCAUGGGGUGCUACAUAUUUCACACCUGACUCAAACACCAAUUUAUGUGUUUCUAAUUAUGCCCAAUCUGUGUCUAGAAAUCUUUUCGAGGGAUGGAGAACAUGAAAUGUUUGAAAAUGUUUUAGCCUUUUUUCCCCUCUCUGAUCUCUGAUUGUGGACAGAUUUGUCGAGACUCUGUAGAACUCAAUGUAGUACACACGCUGCAUAUGAUUUAUUUCCGUAUAGGAUAUUUCUUUGAUGUUGUUGUUGUGUUGACUAAAAGCAUCCAGAGGCAUAGACUGUACAAUAUUUUUCUUUUCCCUUCAUGGUGUUUUCUUUUGUCCGCUUUGAGACUAUAAAGCACGACCGUAGGCCAAUAUUGUAAGAAACUCACGAAAACUGUCCAUAAGUUAUGUAAGGACCUUUAUUUAACAAACUUAUUUUCAUUUCAUUCAAGUUAUGCAUAAUAUCUAGAUAAAAACCUUAUCUGAGACGGAACCAAACAAACAAACCCAUUCUACGUGUCCCUGUUUCCAGAGAGCAGAUAUAGCUGUGGCACCUCUCACCAUAACCCUGGUCCGUGAGGAGGUGAUCGACUUCUCCAAGCCCUUCAUGUCUCUGGGCAUCUCCAUCAUGAUCAAGAAGCCCCAGAAGUCUAAACCUGGUGUCUUCUCCUUCCUGGACCCGCUGGCCUAUGAGAUAUGGAUGUGUAUCGUGUUCGCCUACAUCGGUGUGAGCGUGGUCCUGUUCCUGGUCAGCCGCUUCAGCCCCUAUGAGUGGAACCUGGAUGAACAGGAUGAGACCAAAGACCCCCAGACACCUCCAGAUCCUCCCAACGACUUUGGCAUCUUCAACUCUCUGUGGUUCUCUCUGGGAGCCUUCAUGCAGCAGGGAUGUGAGAUAUCACCCAGGUAGUUAUCUGACCUAGAAAUAUAAUGGGGUGGAUCUGAUGUAGAAAUACAAUGGGGUAGAUCUGAUGUAGAAAUAGAAUGGGGUAGAUCUGAUGUAGAAAUACACUACCAGCUCUCACAGUCUCACAUCAGAAUCAGACAUUCAUCCAUGUUUCUCAAAAGUCAAAUUUCGAAGUUCUUCCAAAUGUCAAAUUUUCUAUACCUGGAUUCGAACAUGCAACCUUUGGACUUUGGACAGCGCUCACUGUUGCCCCUAGUGGCCGGUUUCUACUUUAUCUCCCAACGUCCUCAAACAUGGAUGGACGUCGAAUACUGACUGUAUCAAGCGUGACCUGGCUGGAAAUACAAUGGGGUAGAUCUAAUGCAAAAAUAUAAUGGGGUAGAUCUGAUGUAAAAAAUACAAUGGGGUAGAUCUGAUGUAAAAAUAUAAUGGGGUAGAUCUAAUGCAAAAAUAUAAUGGGGUAGAUCUGAUGUAAAAAAUACAAUGGGGUGGAUCUGAUGUAAAAAUAUAAUGGGGUAGAUCUGAUGUAAAAAUACAUUGGGUAGAUUGGAAUAUUGUGCUUCUUUUUGGGGGCCUUCAAUAGAAUAGAAUACGUUGUAGUAUAAAAUAUAGCUUAUGAAUUCUCACAACAGUUGCACUCACAUACAGUACAGCACACGAUACAGCACACGAUACAGCACACGGUACAGCACACGGUACAGCACACGAUACAGCACACGGUACAGCACACGACACAGCACACGACACAGCACACGAUACAGCACACGAUACAGCACACGGUACAGCACACGAUACAGCACACGAUACAGCACACGGUACAGCACACGGUACAGCACACGGUACAGCACACGAUACAGCACACGAUACAGCACACGACACAGCACACGAUACAGCACACGGUACAGCACACGGUACAGCACACGGUACAGCACACGGUACAGCACACGGUACAGCACACGGUACAGCACACGAUACAGCACACGGCACAGCACUCUGGAUAAGAGUGUUUUCUUAAUGACUGAAAUAUGAAGAUGUAAAUGUGUCUGAGUGCUAGCUGUAUUGCAUUCCCACGCUAUACAGCAUGACCGUUAUUACGUCUCUCCCCUCAAUAUGGGUUAGUGAUGUUGUUCAACAUUACCAGUGAACUGUGCAGUCAGAUAGAUCUUUAUGGUCAAUCAGGCUUUGGCUCCAUAUGAUCCCAUGACCUCAUGCUAUAGGCCUGGUUAGGUUGACCUUACACUGACCCCAGAUUAUACUGCUGGUGAUGAGUCUGCUGGAUAAAAUGACAUCAUUAAAACACCUAUAUCUAAAAGGUCAUGUCAUGUAUUCUCCCAGUUUCUCAGUUGAAGCUGGAUUAAAAUAUACUGACUCGGCGUUUAUAGGGUUAAAGACUAGAUUCCAGUGAGAUGUGUCAGUCGUACUAUAACAGGCUAGGUGUAUUGAUGCAGUAACGCAAACUGUAAAUCUACAGUCUAGCUAUAUCCAUUAAAACACCUUUGUCAUAUGAUAUAUUCCUGGACUCCAGGGUAGUUUAACAUUUUAAAACUGUAUUGGAAUAUACUGACUCAGCUUUAGGUUUUUAAAGCCAGGCUAACCAAGGUUUUUCUGGGCCUUAAAAAAUAUGUUCCAGUGAGCUGUGCCAGUAGCACUAGGUACAGUGGUGCACAACCUGUAGCGUAUUUACUGUCAUUAUCCCCUCCUAUAUGGAAUGGACAGACACCAGCUGGGUUUACUAGCUCUGCUAAUGACACCUCUCUCUAAUGUGUUGGGAGGAAUGUGUUGUUAAUGCUCCCCCCCGAGGGCUCUCAUCUCUCUCUCUCUCUCCUACUCUGUCUCUUCUAUCUCGCUCUGGAUCUUCCUCUCUUGUUUUCUUCUCUCUAGUUUCUUCUGUUUCAUUAUCUUGUUAUGUCUCUAUCUAUCAUCCUCUCUCUAGCUCCACUCUGUAUCUUCUCUGUCUCUCUCUCUCUUCUCUUUUCUUUCUUCUCUCUCUCUAUGUUUCUUAGAUCUUUCUUCUUCUUCUGUCUCUCUCUAUCUUAUUCUCGAUAUGUCUUUCUCCUUUCUCUUUCUCCCUCGUCUCUACUAAAUCUAUCGAGUAGAGCAACUAAUAUAUCAAGGGAGAGGACUCUUUUAUAGAGGAAGCACACGAGGCGAGAGAACUCUAUUCAUCCAGUCUAGCUCAUAUAGCGAGAGAGUCUGCUCUCUCGAUCUCAAGAGGAAUGCAUUCUCUCUCUCUACUCUCUUCUCUCUCUCUCUCUCUCUCUUCUCUCUCUCUCUCUCGGUCUCCCUCUCUCUCCCUCUCCUCUCUCUCUCUCUCUGUGUCUCUCUCAGGUCCCUAUCAGGGAGAAUAGUAGGUGGCGUGUGGUGGUUUUUCACUCUCAUCAUCAUCUCAUCCUAUACGGCCAACCUGGCUGCUUUCCUCACAGUGGAGAGGAUGGUCUCCCCCAUAGAGAGUGCUGAGGACCUGGCUAAACAGACUGAGAUUGCUUACGGAACACUGGAUGCUGGUUCCACCAAAGAGUUCUUUAGG